GGGCGUUUUGUGAACGUUUGCUUCUGGUUCAUUCCACCCAGUCUGAGAGGGAAGGAGAACAGUGCGGAUUACCAGGAAAGGUUAUCAAAGGUGGCGCCAGUCAUCAAAGAGAGAAUGAUGAAGCGUGGAACCAUGAUGGUGGGAUACCAGCCCAUGGAUGGACACGUCAACUUCUUCCGUAUGGUUGUUGUUUCUCCUCAGCUGACCACCAAGGACAUGGAUUUCUUCCUUGAUGAGAUAGAGGAACUAGGGAAGGACCUGUAGUUAGUUUGAAUAUCUGUGGUCUACCAAUAGACAAUGUCACAUUAUCCCCCUCAUCUCGUCAUUUUGAAAUUUGCGGUUUUCUAAAGGUUGCUAAAAUGUUGACUUAUAAGCGGUACAUGAUACUGACUUCAAUGACUAAGCUAGCAAAAAAAUAUGCAUCUGCAGAGGUCAUAAAGUGAAUGAAUCUCAUAGAUUCAUGCCCACCUAAGUAUUGAAUUCAUUUGGAAAACCCAGUUUAGGUAUUAGGGCAUUUACUAAUGAGCCUGAUUAUAUAAAUCAAGUGUAUUAUUAAAUAAGUCGCUGCAGAGGCCCUCCAGAACCAGGAUUGAGACGCACUGUGUCUGCAAACGUAAUGUCAGCUAAACUGAAUGUGCAAAAUGAUUCACAGGUGGAAAGCGUUUCUGAGUGGCUAAAGCGUGGGCUGUUCCCCUUACUCUCUUUCUCUCUUUUCUCUCAGAGCCGAGGGCUGUCACACAAACAGGAGUUAAUUUAUUUUAGGACACUUGUUUCAGUGAUAUCUGUUAAUAGGGUGAUUUUAUGUGUGCUGUUCAAAA